AUGGCCGGAGUUGCUUCCGCCGCCGAUCGACCAUUGAAGAUAAUCACAGGAGCUGACGCGCUUGGAGCUAGCCUCAAGGACGCGAUGGUAUCACACCUCCGCUCUCUCGGCAUUGAUGUGGAUGAUACCGGCGUCUCCUCGUACUACUCAGCCGGAGCUGAAGUCGGCCGCCGUGUCUCUGCUUCAUCGUCAUCCGAGAUCCGUGGCUUGGUCUGCUGCGGCACCGGCGUCGGAGUUGCGAUGUUCGCCAACAAGUUCCCGGGAGUCUACGCCGCCACGUGUCACACCGUCGACGACGCCGUGAACGCUCGAUCAAUCAGCAACUGCAACGUCCUCGCACUCUCCGGCACUAAGACCUCGCCGGAAACCGCGGUGGAAAUCUUCGACGCUUGGGUUAAAACUCCGUUCAAAUCUCCAUGUCCUGCUUCCGGAUCCGAGCCAUGGAGCUCCGAAAUCUCCUCCUUCCUCGACAAUUCGCUCUCCGAGAUGCUUCAAAUCGGAAAAUCCACCGCAGAAUCAACAACGAAACAGAUAGAUCAAAAAUCCGCGUCCUGCGCGAUUUGCUGCUUGGCGAAGAACAGAGAGUUCGCUCCAAUCGAGAUCAUGCCGGGAGGCUCGAUGAAGAUUGUGAGGGAGACGCCGACGUCGGCGAUUGUAAGAUUCAAAGCAGGAAGUGUCGAGCCGGCGCACCACCACACAUUCGGCCACGACCUUGUAGUCCUCAAGGGGAAGAAGAGUGUAUGGAAUCUGAGCAAGAAGGAGAGAGCUGAUCUCGUUGACGGCGAUUACCUAUUCACUCCGGCCGGUGACGUUCACCGAGUCAAGUAUCACGAAGACACUGAGUUCUUCAUCACUUGGGAUGGCCAUUGGGACAUUUUCUUUGACGAAGAGCUCGAGUCUGCAAAGAAAGCCAUCGAAGAAGAAGCAACUAAAAGCUGA